GUUAAUGUUAUAACCUCAAAGUGAAAAAAAAAGAUCAACAACAUACUCCUAUAGUCCUAUCUAAAGCAAAUCAUAAAAAGUUGUAGUUUUACCUACUUGUUACUUACGUCAAAUUAAUGGAGAAUGAUAAUCAUGCAAUCUUGGCUACUUUAGCUUUGUGCACGGUCUUUGCAAUGAGCUUUACUUCUCAUAUUUACGUGGCUUCGGCCUCUGAUCCUGGUCUCCUACAGGAUUUUUGUGUGGGUGUAAAUGACCCUGAUUCAGCAGUGUUUGUAAAUGGAAAAUUCUGCAAGAACCCAAAAGACGUGACAAUCGACGAUUUCUUAUACAAAGGGUUUAAUAUUCCCUCAGACACAAACAACACUCAAAGAGCAGAAGCCACACUAGUAGAUGUCAAUCGAUUUCCAGCACUUAACACAUUAGGUGUAGCCAUGGCUCGUGUAGACUUUGCGUCCUUUGGCCUAAACACACCUCAUUUGCACCCUCGUGGUUCUGAGAUAUUCGCGGUGCUAGAGGGGACUUUAUAUGCCGGCAUUGUCACCACCGAUUACAAGCUUUUCGACACGGUGUUGAGAAAGGGUGACAUGAUUGUUUUCCCUCAAGGCUUAAUCCACUUCCAGCUUAAUCUUGGCAAGACAGAUGCUCUUGCUAUUGCCUCUUUUGGGAGCCAAUUUCCUGGACGAGUUAAUGUUGCUAAUGGUGUCUUUGGAACUACGCCACAAAUUUUGGAUGAUGUACUUACCCAAGCGUUUCAGGUAGAUGAGAUGGUGAUUCAGCAACUUCGAUCUCAGUUUUCAGGUCAAAACAUAUCAAUCAACACUGGAAGAUCUAUUCUUAAACUCUUAACUGAUGUUGCUUGAUUAAUUUGGCUUACAUAUGUUGAAGAGUACCAUGUGCGUGGCAAGUAUCACCAAAAUCCCUACACACACACACACACACAUAUAUAUAUCGUACCAUGUCAUGAUAAUUUUACUUAUAGCUUUAAUUACCUUUGUGUGAAUUGGCUCUCAAUUAUGUACUAUUCGCUUGAUAUCCUAAGCUUGUAUAAAUGGUUUGAAUAAAAGGAUUACAAUGUUUUUCUGAUUUGUGUUAA